CACAAUAAGGACUCCCUCUUUCUCUGUUACUGUCUCUCUCUCCACCCGCAUAUUCCUCCGAACACAUGCACACCUAACGCCCAUUGUAUCGCUCCGCUUCCUCCCCAUCGUUGCGCCUAUGGACUGCACGAACACAUGGCUGGCCGACGUCCACGCUGCAGGCGGCGAUUUGGAGCCGCCACCCAAACCCGAAAUCCCUGCUGAGUAUUUGCAGAAGCCUCGAAGGCGACCCGCACCUGAGACUUACCUAGCCUCUCCACCUUCCUGCAUAUGCGCAUCUUUCGCACGACCGAAACGACGACGCGUUGUGCUCUCCGAGAUCGAUCCGCCGAAUCAAAAGCGACAGCGAAGCCUCAACGCUGUAGCGCACGUCAUGUCGCAGCGGUCGCCAACGAGGAAGUCGAGCAGGCAGACUGGGACGGCAGGCAAGGCGCGUAUCACAACGAAGGAGGCGCCACCGGUGGAGGAUGUCAUAGCGGCAGUGGAGCAUAUUGUGCUUGGAACGCAGCAUGUCAUAGACCCUAAUACGACACCACGGCCGACUCGUCAGAAGCGGGUAGCUCCUCCAGCGCUGCCAAUUCCAGACCCGCACACCAGACCAGCGCCGAUACUGACGCCCAGCGUAUCCGAGGAGCAAGCAGGCGAGGAUACAGAAGCUGAGUCUGCCCAUGAAUCAACGACUUCGAAGCGGUCGCGCAGCCCAACCCGCCGCAUGGUCGAUCUUAAAGUCGCGAAGAAGCCCGUGGUCUCUAAGACGGCGACAUCAAGCACAGACGUCCCUCAGGAUGUGAAAACAUUGUACAAGACAAUUCAAGCGCUGGCAAGGAGAUCGAAAGGCGUCAUCCCGCUAGGCAUCGAGACUGAGGUGAAACAGGACUCCAACGGUGACCUUGACGACUUGGAGGACUACAUGGCAAAGACACCGAACGGCAAGACGCACGAAGAACUGAAGGACGAAUUCAAAGGCAUGCGGGACAUUCGGAACGAGACCUCAGCAUGCAAAACGAAGCACCUCCACGAACCGAGCUGGAACGAACUUGUGCACAGCCAGAUGCUGAAGCAAGCUGUGCUCGGUCGCCCUGGGUUCUCGUACUACAACAUCACCACUGCGCGUGUCAUCAAGGAGCUUGUGCCAGGCAACGAAUACGGCGAGCUUCUAAAGGGCAAGAUGAUCGACUUUGCUGUUACCCUUGGUCCUCCGCUAAUACCUACGGCCAACGUCAUCAACCGCCUGACUGCAUCUCCCCGAAAACUUCAGCGUACCUGCAACCCCUCCGAUUACUCUCCCCUCUGCUACGAACCAGCUGUUCUUGGCAUCGAGACAAAAUCCCCCGACGGCGGUAGUGAGAACGGGGAGGUGCAACUAUCCGUCUGGACAAUGGCCUACUUCAACCGCCUGCGCCAGCUCAUCCAGGAUCCUGUGUCUAUGACACUCCCUCUACUCUUGGUUGUGGACGCGCGCUGGAAGUUGUACUUUGCCAGUGACUUAGCACAUGAGAUUCAUCUUAUUGAUGCUGUGGAUAUUGGCACUACGGCCGAUAUUAUUGGAUGUUAUACUAUCUUGGAGGCGUUGAGGGUGAUAUUUAAAUGGGUGGAGGAGAUAUAUAGCCCGUGGUUCUUGGAGGGACUGAAACCUGAAUGAUAUUGUUCUAGCAGACGCAUAGCCGAUAAAGGCUUAG